CGCCCACAUAGGACCAUGGCGCCGCUGCUGGGCAGGAAGCCAUUCCCGCUGGCGAAGCCGCUCACCGACAUAACGUCAGAGGAGACCAUCUACGUGAUCGAGCACAGCGGCGAGGGCUUCAGGAGCAACGAAGAAUAUGAAAGUCGACUGUCUAGAUACGCAGAGCGAAUCUGGACGUGUAAAAGCACAGGCAGCAACCAGCUCACUCACAAGGAGGCCUGGGAGGAGGAGCAGGAAGUAACUGAACUGUUAAAGGAGGAAUAUCCAGUAUGGUUUGAAAAGCCUGUAUUGGAACUGGUUCAUCAUAGUACCUUGUCGUUGGAUAAGCUCGUUGACAAAACCUGGAUGGAAAUCAUGACAAAGUUUGCUUUGGGAGAGCAGUGUGAAUUCCAGGUUGGGGAAAACAAAACCCUUCCAGUGGUGGUGGUAAAAAUACAUCCUCUGGAGUUGAAGCAAGAGUUAUCUUCUGAGAAGAAAACUGAAGGAUCGUGCAAUUCACCUUCCAGUGACAAGGAGAACUCCAGUCAGGUGGCACAAGAUAACCUUGGUACAGAAGUCUGCGUCAAAGUUGAGAGCAAGAGGGACAGCAACUCUAGUGACAGAGCUCGUCGAUCACCACGGAAGUUACCUACAAGCCUCAAGAAGGAAGAGAAGAAAUGGGUUCACCCAAAAUUCUUGCCCUACAAAUAUGAUGUAAAACUGCUGGAAGAGGAUAAAAUAAUAAGUAAUGUUCCAACUGAAAGUCUUAUCCGCUCAGAGCGGCCGCCAAACAAGGAAAUCCUGCGCUAUUUCAUCAGGCAUAACUCGAUGCGAAUGGGGAUGGGUGAAAAUGCACCUUGGGUGGUGGAAGACAAACUUGUGGAGAAAUAUUCUCUGCCCAGUAAAUUCAGUGACUUCCUGCUCUCUCCAUACAAGUACAUGAUUCAUAACCCUGUUGUGAAUUUGGGGAAAAGAAAAAAUUCUGGUUCAGCUGAGGGAAAACCAUCAAAAAAAACAAAAGGAAAUGUGGACCCGAACAAAGAGACGACCAAAAAACGGAAAAGUGGCAAUAAAGAUAAGAUUCCUCUUAGUCCACCUUUGAGCCCAACAUUAUGGGGACAUGUACAUGUGAAAAAGACUAUGAAUGGUACUGAUAGGGCAUAUAGUCCCAAAAGAUCUCCAGAACAAGAACUGGAAGAAGUCAUGAAGAUUGUAACUCCAACCAAGCUGAACACAAAUUUCCACAUUCCCAAAAAGGGCUCCGGUGCUGCCCGGAAUUUAAAAAAGCUACAAACUAAGGAUAAAAUGAACAAAAAGGAGAGAUCAAAGAAUAAGAACAAGUUGCUUAAUGGGCAGAAAUCACCAGGGAACAGCAAAUCUCCAAAAAAGGGGCUGAAAACUCCAAAGACAAAAAUGAAGCAGAUGACACUUUUUGAAAUGGCAAAAUCAAGUACUUCAAAGUCAGGAAAGACGCAGAAAGGUGUUGGAGGGGCAUCGAGAUCUGUGACUAAGCCUCAGAAAUAUUUGCCACCCUUAGCUUUACAAUUCCUUCGAUAUUUCAAAGAUAACAAAGGAAAAGAGGAGAAAAAGGGUGCAGUUUCUGCAUUCGUUACUCGGGUGGCUAAAGUGCUUUCUGCUGAAGAUCGUGCUCGUCUACCGGAGGAAGUCAGAGAUCUUGUGCAGAAACGAUAUGAGAUAUUGGAACAUAAGAGGAAGUGGGCAUUGAUGACCUUGGAAGAGCGAGCAGAUUAUCACAAGAAAAAACGUGAAGAGCUGAGGGUAAGGCUGAAGCAAAAGGCCAAAGAACGGCGAGAGAAGGAAAUGCAAUUAAAAUUAGAGAAACAGAAGAGGUUUGAAGAUCAGACUCUUGUAGGAAAGAGUUUACCUGCACUAAAGCUAGUUGAUACACCAGAAGGCCUCCCAAACACCCUUUUUGGCGAUGUUGCUAUGGUAGUUGAGUUUCUCAGCUGUUAUGCUGGUCUGCUAAUGCCAGAUGAUCAAUAUCCAAUCACAGCAGUUUCCUUGAUGGAAGCACUCACCUCUGAAAAGGGAGGUUUCCUCUAUUUGAACAGAGUAUUGUUGAUCCUCCUUCAAACUUUGCUACAGGAUGAAAUUGCAGAAGACUAUCGAGAACUAGGCAUGAAGCUGUCUGAAAUCCCACUCACUUUGCACUCCGCUUCAGAGUUGGUUCGGCUCUGCAUGCGCAAGUCUGAUGUGCAGAAUGAAAGUGAAAUGUCAGAAACUAAUGAUGAUUGUAAAGACUCUGUAGGAUUUGAAGACAAUGAAGUUGCAGAUGAAUUUCUAGAUAAGUUGGAAACUGCUGAGUUCUUCGAACUGACCCCGGAAGAAAAAGUGAAGAUUCUAACAGCACUCUGCCAUCGGAUUCUGAUGACUUAUUCAGUUCAGGAUCACAUGGAGGACUUGCAGCAUAAAUCUGCAGAACUUUGGAAAGAGAGGCUAGCCAUGCAAAAAGAGGAGAAUGACCGGAAAAAGGCUGAAAAGCUGAAGAAAAAGGAAAUGGAGGCAAAAAAGAGAGAGCCAGAAAAUAUUAAAAUGGGUGACAAGAAAAAAGAGAAGAAGGAAUUUGAUAAAAAGCUAGAGGCAGACAAAGGUGGAAAUGAUCUGUUGGUGGAUGUCAAUGGCAGUGAAGAUCUCAUUAGUGCCAUUAAAAGCAGGCGGCAAAUGGCAAUGCAAGCAAAAAAGGAGAAGGAGGAACGGGAAAAGCAGGAGAAAGAGAGAAUGGAAAAAGAAGUGGAGGAAGAGAAAAUUCGCAAGCAAAAAGCAGCAGCUGAGAAGGCUUUCCAGGAGGGAAUUACAAAAUCUAAACUUGUCUUGCAUAGAUCACCGUUGGGCACCGACCGCAACCAUAAUAGGUUCUGGCUAUUUUCUGACCUGGUACCUGGACUGUACGUAGAGAAGGGUUGGGUCCACGACAGUAUUGAUUACAGCUUUACCCUUCCAGAAGAAUAUGCACGCCAUGAAGAAGACCCAGACUCUAAAAGCAAUGAUGAUGACAGCAUUGCUGAGAGCAGCUUUAAUGAUGGUGGCCACCAGGGGUCCUCCUAUACAGCAGAAAUUUGCAUUGAAACCACUGUGCCUAAGCAAGGACAGAAUCUAUGGUUUGUGUGUGACACCCAGAAGGAGCUUGAUGAGCUCCUGAAUUGCCUUCAUCAGCAAGGUGCCAGAGAGAGUGCGCUGAAAGAACGACUUCAGAAAAAAUAUCAAGAUAUUCUUCAUUCACUCCACUUUGCACGGAAACCAAACCUUGGCCUGAAGUCCUGUGACGGCCAUCAGGAACUCCUCAACUAUCUCCGAACAGACCUGAUUGAGGUGGCAACCCGACUGCAAAAGGGAGGGCUGGGAUACAUGGACAAAUGUGAUGAAUUUGAGGAGCGGGUGCGCUCGAUGGAUGAUCUGAAGGAUUUGGGAGAGUGCGUGAUCACACUUCAGGAGUGUAUAAUAAAGAAAUUUCUGCAAGGUUUUAUGGCCCCUAAGCAGAAGAAAAAGAAGGCAGGUGAGGAAGCAAAAGUGGAGGAAGUGGAUGAGGAAAAGAAAAUGGCUGAAGAGGCUAAGGUUGCUUCUGCGCUGGAGCUAUGGAAAAGUGCUAUCCGAGAGGCUCAGACCUUCUCUCGCAUGCAUGUGUUGCUGGGAAUGCUGGAUGCCUGUAUAAAAUGGGACAUGUCAACUGAAAAUGCCCGGUGUAAAGUGUGCCGCAAGAAGGGUGAAGAUGACAAGCUGAUCCUGUGCGAUGAAUGUAACAAGGCUUUCCACUUGUUCUGUUUGAGGCCAGCCCUGUAUGUAAUACCAGAUGGGGAAUGGCUCUGUCCAGCUUGUCAGCCAGCCACAGCCAGGCGUGGCACACGAGAUAGAAAUUAUGCUGAGGAGGAAGAUGAAGCCAAUGAUGAGGAGGAGGAGGAGGAAGAGGAGGAGGAGGAGGAGGAAGAGGAUGAGGAAGAGGAAGAUGACUAUGAGGAGCGAGAAGGGCCUAGACUCAGAUCGAGACUCAGGAAAGCUGCCAGAGGAAAACCAGGCCCUCAAACCCGUCCUCAGAGACAGGCCAAACAGCCGGGGAAGAAACGGUCCCCACACGGUCACGGCAGAAACACUCGACACAAGACGUCACCUGUCAACGGAGUGGACAUUGAUGAGCUGGUGCGACAAAGAACAAAAUAUAGAUCACGAAGACUAAACCUGGAGCUGACCAAGUGUGAAGAAAUACUGAAUAAAUUAGUCCGAUCCCGAUACAGCUGGCCCUUCAGAGAGCCUGUGACAACUGAAGAAGCAGAAGAUUAUUUCGAAAUAAUCACUAAACCUAUGGAUUUGCAGACUAUGCAGAGCAAGUGUUCAUGCAGCACCUACAGAUCUGUGGAAGAAUUUCUUGAGGAUAUAAAGUUGGUGUUUAACAAUGCCGAACUGUAUAAUCAGGAAGGAAGCCAGGUCCUCACCUGUGUAGAAAAAACAGAACGAUGCUUCAUUGAGAUGUUGCGGAAACACCUCCCCAACUACAACUACAAAAGAGGCAAACCACGAAAGAGCAUCCAGAAAAGGACAAGAUUGGUGCAGGUAGAGUUGGAGGAAGAGGAGGAGGAUGAUGAGGAGGAAGAGGAGGAGGUUGAGGACGACGAGUACGUUGACAGUGAUGCAGAAUCAAGUGAACAUUCCAUCCCACCACGCAAGCGUCGGAAGUGAAUUGCAAAUAGCCAAAAUUUCUAAAUAAUAAUGGAUGUAGUAAUUAUUUUGGAAACUGCAGACAUGUUUGUACUUUAAAUGUUUACGUUGACUGAUUUAAAAUACUGGAUCAAAUACAAAACUUCAACCUGACUUGGACACUUUCAUAGGAAUAUAAAAAGGUUGAAACCAAAAGCUCUUAUAGAAUUUUGUAAUCUCUUGUGCAGUUGGGAGAAUUUGUGAGGCUGAGGGCUAGAAAGUUCCUUGUUUUAUUAAAAAUGGUUGUGAAAUUAAGAUCAUUGAUUAUAGCUCUGUAGUUCUCAUUACAUGAGCAUCAUACAGAACCUUUGCAUUAAUAUUUCUGUCCCUUGUAUCAGCUUUCAGCAUAGGCUCCUUCAUAAUUGUUCAUCUGUGAGAUAAGAGAUGACGGUACUGGGAACUAGACUUCAAAGUGGUCAGUUCUUGGUUCAUAAAAAGUAUGUUGCUGGAGACAAUUUGUACAGGAGUGGCAGCUCCAGCAGAUUGAAGGCCAAGACUCUAAUAGGCUGUGCCAGGUGCCACACACAAUGCAUCACCAGCAUCUGUUUAAUCCAGCUGCAUUUUAAGUUUGACCAUGUAUCAGAAUAAGUGUAAAAUUAUCCUGCAUUGAUCGCAGAACAGUGUUGUAAAUGCAAGGCUGCUUUCCAUUCUAACAUUGUCCUACUACUUGAGUAGAAUUUAUGCCCCUAAAAGUCAUCUGAAGCCCAAAACUUGAGCUUCAUCUGGACUUCCAACCAUCUUUUGAUUUAAGUUAUGUCAUUGAAUGACUGUGGCCUGGAAAUGGCUAGUUGCUGAUGAAUAAGUCUGAACUGGUGAGAGAUGUUUAGUUUAUAGGCAUCUCCAUUUCAAAACUGGAGAGUGAUCAGUUCUGACCAGCAGAGAGAUCUGUCCAAUCUGUGAUGACAAAUUUGUAUUUUGGUCAUCUACCCUGAAAUCUCUGGUCUAACCAAAGGGUGUUUUAAUAUGUUGGGUAUCUAGUUAUUGACAACUGGAGAUUAUGCUUUCCGUGCACGCUACAGUUGGUGCAAGCUAAUGUCACCCAGUGAUAGAACAGCAGUGUUCUAUAACAUCUAAUGCUUGUUGGUUGCCAACAAUGUUGCAUUUCACAUGUAGGCUCAUCUGGUCUUGUGAUUGCUGACCAAGUGGUUCUCCUGUAAUGCAAUGGGAUUUUUAAACUGAAGAAUUGUAAAGUACUCCUUUUGUGUGGAGAUUUGUACAGUGCAUACAGAUGUGUAGACCUAACCAGAUUAAGAUUCUUGCACUUCAAGUUGUCAGGAAAGAAAAAUCGCGUGGCACAACUUGAAUUUGUUUCCAUCUGCCCCUUUACUGUAGUUUGUAUAAAUGACUUAUUAUUUGAGUAUUUGUGAGCAUCAAGUCCUUCAUCUUCCUUUUCACACCACCAGUUUUUUUUCUUGGGAAGGAGGAGGAAGCAAAGCACUGAUCUAAAAUUUUUUUAAUGUGGGUUUCCCCUGCUUCCCAUCUGGCAUUUCUCACCUUUCCCUGUCACAGUUGUGUAGGUAAGUGAUGUAGAAUAAAACUGUGGAAUUUUGCAUUGUAUAUUUUCCCAAGUGUCUGUGGUAGUUGUUUGAGGAGGGCUAUACUUGUAUUAAAAAAAACAUUUUUGAAAUUUUAAAUAAAAGCAAUUAUGUUUAAA